UAUCUCUACACUAGUUGUGUUAUGAGAGCUGUCUAAUGUAUCCAUUUCUAGAUCUACGUCGUUAAUAAGAUUAAUACCAUAUUUUAGAGGGGGAAUCUAUGUAUUUGCAUCGUUAUGGAUGGUGGCCCUUUAGAUGACAUUCCUGAAGAAAGUCCAGUUCGUGGAAGAAGUUUUUCACUUUCCCCAAAACACCAGACACUCGCCAAUAAUGUAACAGAAGUAACAGCAGUAAAAAAUAUGCCCUUACCCUGCACCUCAAGCUCUAUAAUUUCUCCUAGUAGAGAAGCAGAAGUAUCAAUGGAUGAGUCCAAUUCUUCACCAUCCUUAAAGAUGCAACCAAACAGGCUCCACCUUCAGCUUGACUUCUCUCAAGGCAGCUCAUCAAGAAAAUCUUCCAAAGUACUCAGUGCUUUAUUUACCCACAUAUCUGACCCCUAUUCGUGUGGAGAGGAAAUCGAACCUGCUCAAAUGUUUACAACAAGUCCUACCUCUCCAUCUUUUAAAUUGAAAGAAAUGAUGGAUGAUAUUGAUGUAUCGCAAGAUGAUGAGAGUAAAGAAGAGGAUUUUCUAAAGCGACAGUCUAAACCAAGUAUACGACGAUGUCGGUCUCUUGAAAUGCGGAAACACCUGAUAGAUCUGUCCAACACUCCUGUCAAUGCUUAUAAAAAAAAUGUGACCAAACGACCACCCGAGUCUUUAAAUCAGGAAAAAUCUGUAAAACGAUGUAAAGACUUUACCACUAUAGUUCCAAAGAUGGGCGCCAUAGGUACCAAGCCAAUUUUAUCUAGCCUGUCUAUUUCUGGUGCUUUUGUUCAGGAUGAGAACACAAUCCACGAACGUAUAAAAACAGCAGUAGAUGCCCUUGAGUCACCAGAUCUGAUUGCAGAUGGCACAAGGGAGUAUUGCUUACCUGUGAUCACAGGCAAACACAGUGACCUGAAAAACAUUGAUCACCAAACAAUGGCUGAUCUGUUGAAUAGAAAAUUUGAGGGCUCCUUUGAUAAACUGACCAUAAUUGACUGCAGAUACCCUUAUGAAUACAGUGGAGGCCAUAUUAAGGAUGCAGUGAACAUCUUCACAGAGGAAGAAAUGGUUGAGUUUUUGAAUCUAGAGAUGAAGGAGGUAACAAUGACAUCCCACAGACAUAUCCUUGUGUUCCAUUGUGAGUUUUCUAGUCAACGGGGGCCAAGCUUGCUGCGACAUUUGCGCAAGUGUGACAGGCAAAUGAAUGUCCUUCACUACCCUCAGCUGACUUUUCCUGAGGUUUACUGUCUGUAUGGUGGCUACAAAGAUUUUUUCCUCAAUCACCCUGAGCUCUGUGAGCCCUCUGCCUAUAUUCCCAUGAUUGAUGAGAAAUAUGCUGAAGAUCUGCGCCAUUUUCGUGCUAAAGCAAAAUCUUGGGCGGCUGGUGAGAAGAAGAUUGCAGACAUGGCAUCCUAAAGUAACUCCAUUCACAGAAGAUCACAGACAUAGCAUCCUAAAAUAACUCCAUUUACAGAAGAUAACAGACAUAGCACCCUAAAGUAACUCCAUUCACAGAAGAUCACAGUCAUAGCAUCCUAAAGUAACUCCAUUCACAGAAGAUCACAGUCAUAGCAUCCUAAAGUAACUCCAUUCACAGAAGAUCACAGACAUAGCAUCCUAAAGUAACUCCAUUCACAGAAGAUCACAGACAUAGCUUCCAAUAUGUAACUCCAUUCACAUAAGAGCACAGGCAUCCUAAAGUAAUUCUAUGCACUGAAGAUCAGUGACUUAAUGGAUAUUAUUAGAACCAGUAUUGUAGUAGCCUUCUAUACAAUGUAUUAGACUAAUUGUGCCUGAUGCUUGACCAUUUAAAUCAUAAGUUUACUGAUCCCAAAACAAAUUCAUGUGAAAAGUUACAACACUAUGUCUUUAUGUUGGUUCACAAUGUUUAAAGUGUAGUGGAAAUAUUUUCUAAAAUACAGCUAAGAUUUAUUUUUUAAACUGUACAUUUAAUCUGGUUUUCAAGAUAUUUCCUUUUUUAUUCUAGACACAAAAUAUUUAGUGAUUCUUUUAUAUUAUGAGAUUUUUAUAAUUUUGGUGAAUUUGUGGUUAUUUCUAUCCAUCCAAUUUUUUAUUCUUAUUUUUCUAUAUAUUGGAAGCACAUUUGGACACUACAUGCCAAUAUGGACCUAAAUCUGUGUCUAUUGGACUAAAUUUAAAAGAGUUUAAAUAUUCUGAUGGGUAUAAAGUUUGAUUGGAUUGACACAUUUUCCUGGGUUUGUAUUAGUAUUAAGAUUUGAACCAUCAAAAAAUUUGCCAUUAUAUUGUGCCUUCCUAGAAAGUUUAGAUUUUUUAUGUUGUGUGUUAAACUUAAAUGUAGCCAUCUUUAAAAGUUGAACAGUUGUCUUUGUAGACGUGUGAAAUUGCUAUUUUUUGAGUUAUAAAAUCAAAAUGUAAAUAUAUAAAUACAAGCAAAUAUGCUUGAUAAAAAUUAUGAAAGAAUUAUUUUAAUUAAUUCCCAUCCUUUAUGAGGAUGGUCUAUAAAAGAUGACAUUACACAUUUAGUGUGGUGGUUCUGACUUCCGUGACAAUGUCCUAUGUUUAUGUGAGGGGUUAGUAUAUGGGAAGCUGAAAACAUUUUGUAUUUCUUAAAAUAUUUUUUUUAAAUGGGGAAAACAAGUCAAUCUUAGAAGUAUGGUUAUUUUUUGGAGUAGGUGUGGCUUUGGGUUAAGGCGGGGCUGGGUGCAAAUCAGCUGACAUUGUAUGAUAUUUAUGGAUGGCUUGAUCCAUCAAACGAGGAUACCACAGAUCUGUUCUUUAUUUUAUAACCCCUUGUUUUUAAAUAGACUAUUUUAAAAUUUGGAAUGUUAUCAAUUAUUUUAGUACUUUUUAUAAAUUAUCAAUGAAUACUAAAUAGGUUUUCCCAUUAAAAAAUAAAUAUGGAAUGUGUAUGUAAAAAUAAUGAACUAAAAGAAAUUGAUGAAGUUUUAGAUGAUGACAUUGAACGAAUCCAGUGAGGAGUUUGCUAUAUGUUCUAAUUAUGUAAUAUCUGUGUCUGAUUUUUAAAUGUUAUAUAUGUACUUUGGUAUAUGGUUUUAUACAGUUUUUAUUGUUCUUUUAUGGAGAUUUUUAAGAUACAAUUAAUACAAUAUUUGACUUUUUUUUUUAAAUAGCUCACA